UAAAUGUUGAUUGAUAAACUUGCAUUUUUAUUUUGCAGACGUAUGGAUACCAGCAUAUUCUUACAAUUAACAACUUGGAAAAAGCUGGUUUGCUACGAAUACAAGGGACUAAAUCUUAUUCAUCCAUCAGAAAAACAUUAAGGUUAAUGGUAGAUGAUGUGAAUGAACAGAAUCCUACCGAUAUUGCUUAUGUCCAUAGUGGUUAUGCACCUCUCAGUGUACGCUUAAUCCAGUUUCUGGCUCAACCAGGAUGGAGAGCAAUCACGGAUGUUUUAAGCCAGUUGCCAGGGCCAACUGUAGAAGAAAUUCAACAGAUUCCAGUUGGACUAAGAAAAAGAAGAGGAUCUGGCUCAUCCAUCCAGUCCAACAUGGAAGAUCCAAAAGUUACUUUAGUGUUUUUUCUUGGAGGCUGUACUCUGUCAGAGAUAUCAGCUUUGAGGUUCCUCUCUCAACAGGAUGAUGCUGCAGUUGAAUAUAUUGUUGCCACAACCAAAAUUAUUAAUGGAGGAACUUUCUUACAAUCACUUAGGGAACGUCUCAAACCACCCACAUUGUAAGAUGCUGAAAGUAGUAUAUCAGAACUAUUAGGAAUUUCUAGAAAUGAACCUGAAAAAAGUUGACUUACAUUAAAAAACAAAUUUGAUUAAGUAACGUAUGUAUAUGAGCACUAUUAAAGAAACUGUAAUGAAUAAAACGUUUCUCGAAAAAUAAUAUAAGAGGGUGUUAAUACAAGAUAGAUGAUUGAAGUACCUAUACAAGACCGGUACUUGAGAUCCCGUUCAUCCUUGUGGUAAUAUUUAAACUUAGAAGUGCUCGUUGAUAUGUACCUAUAGUAUUUGAGAAUGUAAAACUAAAGAACAUCACAAAAAUAAUCCAUUCCUUAUAAUUUGACAGCUUUGAUUUUUAAGAAACGUCGCACGUUUCCGAGUUAUAUUAAUGAUAUUCCAGCCCAAAGCAUUAAAUUAAUUUCUUAGAGCUCCUGUGACACAAUGUUGUUUAGAGCAGUGACAGGCUCACUUCAGAUCUGUUUACUGAUUCUUCUUGGAAAUAAAAGUAUUUCUCACACUUA